CCAAGCUAGUGUGGGUGGAUGCCCUAAAGAGGCCACUUUAAGGACCAAAAAAAGACACUAGUGUCAACCAGACUCACAUUAACAGACACAUAUAAAAAUCCACCAUAUAGACUCAUGCCCGUACUCUAUUGGCAAACACUCAACAGGAGGAAAACAUUGCAUCCCAGCCACCUUGAGCCUGCUGCCGUCACAGAAGAGGGGAUAGAAACCAAGAGUCCUAACUCGUAACCACUAAACUCCAUUUCUCUCCCACACCUGGAACAGAAUCCAGGAGUCCUAAUGCAGCCCCACCCUGCUCUAACACCUUGGUAUUAGUACAGGCCAAACCUGCAUUGGUACGCUACAGCAAUGGCUCUCAACCUUUCCAGAUUACUGUACCCCUUUCAGGAGUCUGAUUUGUCCUGCGUAUCCUCAAUUUUCACCACACUUAUAAACUCCUUGCGUACAAAAUCAGACAAAAAUACAAGUGUCACAGCACGCUAUUACUGAAAAAAACGGGAAUGGGAUUGACACUUAGGUUAGUUCAAAGGCUAUUUGGGAGGAAACUGUGUCCAUUUUAGUGGCCAAAUGGGGGAUUUUGGUUGCCACCACUUUUGAAAAUUGGAUCAUUUUUUCAUCACAAAGGCAAGAGUCUUCUGAAGAAAAAUAUCUAACUGGUUAUUUUGAUGCAUAAAAGUGUCAGUGUUUUCACUUCGGUCUUUAGAGUGGAAUUUUCAAAGCAGCGUAAGGGAGUUAGUAAUUCCAUGGGAGUUGGACACCUAACUCCCUUAAGGCCCUUUGAGAAUCCCAGCCUGCAUGUUUAUUUUGCUCUAUAGGUUUGGUGUGGUGAGUGGCAGAUUCUCUUUCACCAGGUGGUGUAUGUUUUGGAGGCAAGACUGUUGCUGUUGGCACCGUUAAAAUGUCCACGUGCGAGGACAUGUUGCUGUGCAAUUACCGCAAGUGCCGUGUCAAGCUCUCGGGCUAUGCCUGGGUCACAGCUUGUUCACACAUCUUCUGCGACCAGCACGGCAGUGAGGAAUUCAGCCAUUCACCAGCAGUCUGUCCCGCCUGCAACAGCGCCCUCUCUGGCAAGAUGGACAUUGUUCGCACCGAGCUAAGUCCCUCUGAGGAAUACAAGGCCAUGGUGUUGGCUGGACUGCAGCCAGAGAUCGUGCUGGACAUCAGCUCCCGCGCACUGGCCUUCUGGACAUACCAGGUUCACCAAGAGCACCUGUACCAGGAAUACACCUACAGCAAGGCCGAGGGACACCUGAAGCAGAUGGAGAAGGUGUACACUCAGCAGCUGCAGAGUAAAGACAUGGAAUUGACUCCUAUGAAGAGCGAGGUCUCCUCUCUGAAGAAGGUGCUGGAAGAGUACAAGAAGAAGUUCAGCGAGCUCUCUGAGAAGCUCAUGGAGCGCAACUGCCAAUACCAGAAGCUCCUGGGCCUCUAUGACAGCCUCCGCCUGCGCAACAUAGCCAUGGCUAAUCAGGAGGCUGCCCACGAGCCUCCCAUGAUGCCUCAGUCUGCUGUCUUUGGCUUCCCAUUGGGUAAUGCUGCCAGGUUCCCCGUGGACACCACGCCGGUCCGGGGCAGGUGUGGGGAGGGAGACUUCCACUUCAAACCCUUCUUUGCCACAUCCCCACCUGCGGGCGAGUCUGGCACCAGCUUCUUCACCUUCGCCUCUCCCAGCAACGAGCUGGAGCCUCAUCCUGGAGCCAGCAGGGCCUACAAGAUGAAGAGGAUGUAACUGGUAAUGCGCCUUUCACACCUGCCUCUUGGAAAUUUAGCCCAUCCAUCAGUGGGGGAAAGAGCGAAAAUGCUUAUUGUCUGGGGCUGGGAUUCUCCUCAGACUUGGGCUAUUUCUUUUAGGUAUUGAAAUGUAAUCACCUGCAAAUAGUCUUGCCCUCUCAUCCUAGACUGUAAUGUCCUGUCACUUCUGAUUGUCAAUUUCAUUGUCACAACCUGUCACCAACAGACUGUCACUCUCAGACUGUAAACCUCUCUCACCCUUGGAAUGUCCCUCUCAGAUUGUAAAACUGACACCCUCUGACAGUAGUAUCCCAUCUCUCUUGGACCAAGAUGAUCCUCAAAGACACCUAAAUACCUUUGAAGAUCUGGGCCUGGUUCCGUUGUACUCUGCUCAAUGGGUUACACGUUCAUCGUUGUGUAUUUACCUCUGUGUAUGUAUGUGGGUCAAGUUAUGCAUGGGUGUGUUUGUAUAAAUCUAGAUAGUUGUGUGUUGUCUGUGUGUGUAAGUCAAUAUAUGUGUUUAAAUCUGUGUGUAUACUGGUGUGUCUUUCGCUCUUGUGUGCACACAGAUAUACAUGUGGGUAGGUGCCUCUUGCUGUGUGUGUGUGUUUAUCUCUGAAUGUCAGAGGGUGCAUAGCUCUGUGUAGGUGUGUUUUUGUUUCUAUAUCUAUGCUUGUGUUCCUAUGUGUGUGUGUGUGUUUCUCAGUGCUAUCCAGUGUGUUCCCCGGGUACAUUUCAUUCCAUCCUACCUUUGCAGUUAUUUCCCCCCAACUUAAAGUUCAGACGUUAUUUACACUCAUUAUAAUCAGAGCAGAUACUUCUCUGCAUUUGUCUGGACCUGGAAUUUAUGUGGGACUAUUUUAAUCAAAUCUAGAAAUACACAGAAAUAUAUCUUUAUUGAUUUAACAUUU